AUGUUUAAAAAAUUACUUUUCUUUACUUUAACUUUUGCUCUCUUUGCUUUAGCAAUUUGUGAUAAUUCAAUUAAAAUCACUCAAACAUUAAGUAGUGCUUGGGAAGGACAUUCAACAUGGAAUGUAGUAAUAGAAAACAUUGGAGAUAAACCUAUCUUUGGUGCUACCAUCGUUGCCGAAUCUGGUUUAAGCCUCGAAAGACCAGAUAAUCUUUGGUCAUUAGAUUCAUUAGGUAAUAAUAGAUUUGGUCUCCCAUCUUGGAUUACUCAAAAUGGUGGUCUUAAAGCUUUCAAUGGUACUCAUACAUUUGGUUACACUAAUGCUCAACCAACUUCAGCAGUAUUCUCAGCCACUGAUAUUAGAUAUUAA